GGAUGUCAUAACCUACCGACUAGCCAGCAACAACAACAACAACACCCGCGAGCGAGUGAGCUUCUUCAAGGAAGACAUGGCAGCACCAUUCACUCUACUACGGCGGUUUGCGCCCUCGUCGCUGGGAAUCAGGACGGUGUUUCGGUCUGCGGGUGCUGGCAGAGGUACUGGUCGGAUACAAGGCCUGCAGUGCGGGAGGACUCAGGUUCGACGAGCUCACACGCCGGCGGAAGACCCCAAUUGGACAUCGAUCGUGGACAACCCUGCAAAGCUGGUUCGGACAGGAGGGAAGCAUGGCUACGGGUUGAUCAUACUAGCUAUCAUUCCGGUCACAGCAUUCGCCCUGGGGACAUGGCAGGUCCAGCGCCUCGAGUGGAAAUCAAACCUGAUAGCGAAGUUCGAAGACCGUCUCAUCAAGCCGCCGCUGCCUCUUCCUCCGGUCGUCGACCCUGAUUCCGUCGAAGACUUUGAAUAUCGACGGGUAUAUGCAAAAGGCCGUUUACGACACGACAAAGAGAUGUUGAUUGGGCCCCGCAUGCAUGAAGGAAAGGAUGGCUAUCUCGUCGUGACGCCACUGGAAAGAGGGGAUGGUGAAAGCACAAUCCUUGUCAAUCGCGGUUGGAUUGCAAAGUCGCUGGAAAGGCAGUCGGAGCGGAGGGAAGGGCUGCCGCAGGAAGAGGUCGUGGUCGAGGGGCUGCUGCGGUCACCAUGGAAGAAGAACAUGUUUACGCCCGAUAACAAGCCAGAGGAGGGCAAGUUCUACUUCCCGGACGUCAAGCAGAUGGCUGAGCUGACCGGCAGCCAGCCGGUCUGGAUAGAAGAAACGAUGGUGCAGGACAUCUUGUCCAUGUACACAAGAGAGGACAAGGGUAUACCAAUUGGUCGUGCAGCGGAAGUCAACCUCCGCAACAACCAUGCUCAGUACAUCUUCACCUGGUACGGGCUCUCCCUGGCCACCGCCAUCAUGCUGUGGAUGGUUGUCAAGAAACGGCCGAAUGAAGCAGUUCGACGGGUCCGUCAGAACAAGAGCUGGUAA